UUUCUUGAGUUUCACUACCCGCCUUCGAGACAUAUGUCAAGCUCGAGAUUUAGAUUUGUUGCUCAUUGACACCGGAGACCGCCACGAUGGCAAUGGACUCAGCGAUCUGACCACGCCAAACGGAUUAUAUUCCUCGGACGUUUUUAUGCAGCAGGAGUAUGAUAUUGUGACAGUUGGUAACCAUGAGUUAUAUGUUCCAGCAGUGAGCGAGCUAGAGUACAAGACCGUUGUACCUCACUAUGGAGAUCGCUUUAUAAGCACAAAUGUCGAAUAUCUCAACGACAAAGGUGAAUAUGUUGUUUUUGGUCAUGACAGAUACAGAUAUUUCACCACGGAGGUCAAAAAAUACAACGUUUUUGCUCUUUCCUUUAUGUUUGACUUCAAGGGAGGCAACGAGAGAGUCAGAGUCACACCUAUUGAGACAGUUGUCAAAGAAGAUUGGUUCUUGGACCUGCUUGAGAAACACACCAGGAAACCUGUCGAUCUUGUUCUCGUUGCUGGGCACAUCCCGAUUAGCCACAGUUGGCUGGAGCUAUAUGUUUUACACGGUGUUUUGCGCACAUUCUUCCCAGACAUUCCGAUCCAGUACUUUGGCGGCCAUUCGCAUAUUAGAGACUUUACGCUGCUGGAUGACAGAGCUUUUGCUUUACAAAGUGGACGGUACUGCGAGACUGUGGGAUUCAUGUCUCUGAGCAACAUUAAGGGUGAUAACGUAACGAUUGAUCGAAAAUACAUUGAUUUCAACCUACAGUCAUUUCUCCAUCAUACGAAAAGGUCUACCAUUGAACAGUUCAAUACCGACGAAGGAUUGCAGGUUUCGGAGAAGCUGACGAAUUACAGCAAUUUGCUGAAGCUCGACGAGUCUUUCGGGAAGGUGCCGCGGAGUUACUAUAUAACGGGAGCAGAUUACUAUUCAAACGAUUCGAAUAGCAUGCUUCGUUUUAUCGAGAAUGAAGUCCUUCGGGAGCUGGAGCCCAAGAUAUGCCACGAGGACAUGGACCCAAUAUUGCCUCCUCCAUCCAAUUCUAGAAUUGUGCUGAUUAAUACCGGCUCUAUCAGAUACGACCUCUACAAGGGAGAUUUCAGCAGGAACUCGCAGUUCAUCGUAUCUCCUUUUAAAAACAAGUGGAAAGUCCUUCAAAAUGUUCCUGCUAGAAUUGCAACUCGUCUCCAAGCAAUUCUUAACAAAGGUCCUUACAUUAUGGAGAAUGAAAUCGAUUAUACUAUUGAUUUAAAAGAGCUCCUGUCUCCGUACCAACGCGAAAUUAAUUCAAGGAUUUCAUCUCUCAAACUCCGCUAUGGUCAGACAACGACUGAUGAUCUUGGCAGUGAUGGUGAUGAUACCAUUCAUCGUCCAGUGCCACAAUUUGCUGUACCAAAUGUGAUCCAAUCCUAUGAAUACACAGACCAGCAGCAACCAGUGGACGUUGUGUUUUACGACUUCAUUGAGCGCUACGUGUUGUGGGCAUUACAGAAAGCUUGUGAUGGGGAUAACCUGCUUUACUACUCGCUGGUUGAGCAACUUACUUUUUACAACGAUUGCGAGCAAGAGUUCAACGUUGGAGAGCUGCUUAAGAAAUACUCUCUAAAACACUGGCGGUGAUUUACAAAAAAGGGUAUUCACGUGAUACUUGUUCAGGGCAAGUGACCUGCGUUUUUCUCCCUGCAAAAAAAAUUCCGGGGGCCCCAGCGAGAGCACCAGGCGCGCGUGCGAGGAGUGAGUGGUUCUGAAAAUUUUCACGCAGCAGCCUGUUUAGGAAGACUUGGUUUAAAUUUUUCUACACUAUUGAGAACUCUAUUCAGUGACCAAACAACAUGGGAAGAGGACCAAAGAAGCAUCUCAAGAGAUUAGCAGCUCCAAAGCACUGGAUGCUCGACAAGUUGUCGGGUGUUUACGCCCCAAGACCAUCUCCAGGUCCACACAAGCUGAGAGAGUCUCUUCCAUUGAUUGUCUUUCUGAGAAACAGAUUAAAGUAUGCUUUGAACGGUAGAGAAGUCAAGGCCAUCUUGAUGCAAAGACACGUCAAGGUUGACGGCAAGGUGAGAACCGACUCUACCUUCCCAGCUGGUUUCAUGGAUGUGAUCACUUUGGAGGCUACCAACGAGAACUUCAGACUCAUCUACGACGUGAAAGGUAGAUUUGCUGUCCACAGAAUCACUGCUGAAGAAGCCUCCUACAAGUUGGGUAAGGUCAAGAAGGUCCAGCUUGGUAAGAAGGGUAUUCCAUACGUUGUUACCCACGACGGUAGAACUAUCAGAUACCCAGACCCAGCCAUCAAAGUCAAUGACACCGUCAAGAUCGAUCUUGAAACCGGAAAGAUUACUGACUUCCUCAAAUUUGACACUGGUAGGUUGGUUAUGGUGACCGGUGGUCGUAACUUGGGUAGAGUUGGUGUUAUCACCAACAGAGAGAGACACGAGGGAGGUUUCGACUUGGUCCACAUCAAGGACGCUUUGGAGAACACUUUCGUCACCAGACUCUCUAACGUGUUUGUUAUUGGUGCUGAGGCCGGCAAGCCAUACGUUUCUUUGCCAAAGGGUAAGGGUAUCAAAUUGUCCAUUGCCGAAGAGAGAGACAGAAGAAGAGCUUUGGCUGGUUUGUAAGUAUCAUAGGUUUUUAAUAGGAACCAG